CUAGAAUCGGACGGGGAGAAAGACCAGAAGCCUGAGCAGGAAGUGAAGAGUAAAGAUACCAACAGCAAUAGUGGCAGCCUACCCGAAAAUGGAAAUAAAGCUGCAGUACUAGUUCCUGGCGCGCAAGGUAUUAAAUCACAAGAAGGUUCUAGCACUAACGUCCUGGUGGAGAAUUUGAACCAUGCUGACGCAGUAGAUCCAACAGCGCAAGCAGCAGCGGAGGAGAUCGCCGAUGCUAGGGCAGAAGUGUCGCAGCUUUCAACUAUCCCAGUAGGAGACGGCAUAGGCGACGCUGAUGGGCCUAGCGCCAGCGAAGCAACUCAAGAGACCGUGCAGAAUGAACAAGAAGAAAACCAUGACGCACCUGAGCAGAACAAUACCAAGAGGGAAGAUAACGAUCCUCUCAGUCUGUUUCACAACGAGCGGGAAGAAGCUUACAGAGGCACGUCAGCUAUGCAUCCGACCAACGCUAUAGAUGCGAUUAUGAACGAUUCCGUGUUUGAAAAUUCUGACGCUUCUCCGGAUACGAAGAAGAAAGCUGCCGGUGCGGCGCACGUUGUGAAAGUUGGUGAACAACAACACGCAUCCUCUACGUCUUUUGCCAGUCGCCUCAAAGCUGGCGCUGGUGCCGUAAAGACUCGACUCUUCGCACCUAAGUCUUCAAAAGGCACCAGUGCGGAGCUGCCUCCGUCUGCUGACACCAAUGAUGCUGUCAAUACCGCGUCAGUUGUUGUGAAUAUAAUUUUGCCUCAUUCUACUUCUGCUUCAACAGCACUUCCUUCUACGACGACAUCUAAAAAACCACACGACAAACCUGCUAUCCUCGAACAGCUGCGUGACUCUGGUGCCAUUGCAGAAACUAGGAUAGCGAAUGCUGAGGAUGAUCAUGAGGUUGUCUGGGGCCCUCAUGGUGGAGGACCUCCAGGUCAAGAAGAGGAUAACGAUAAACCUAGUUGUAUCUUCAGGGAAAUAUUUGCUGUAGAAGAAGACGACCACUACAUCUACAACACAAAUGCAGAACCAAGAAUACAACACGCAAAUAAUCCUUCUAGUAAUCUUCAGCUUCAGCACGCUCCUAAGGGCAAAACAGGAGGAGCUGGAGCAUCUUCAUCCUCAUCAAGUACAACAACCUCUUUUGCCACACGUCGGCAACUUUUGAAAGACGCGCUGAAGCGACGCGCCAAUGCCUGGAAAACUAGCUAUCAAAAACUAGAUCAGAAGUUUGGUUCUACCAGUAACAGGGAUCAUAGAGACCACGCAAUGGCAGUUGAUAGAGGAACUCCAUCUUCUAAAUUACAACUACCUGCUACUUGUUCUACUUCUACUAUAAAAACAAGUACAAGUUGUACAACGUCAACGAAUACCACUUCCGUGCCAGGCGAAGAAGCUUUUCUGCGUCGUGCACCGUUGACUCGUGCGCCAGCGUUGGUUGGUAAGGUCUUUUUGGAAGAUUUAGGGAAUAAAAUAGGAAGCAAAAUAUCUAACACGAGGAACAAGAUCAUGAAUGGCGUAACUGGAAAUGGAGCAAACGGAUCCAUAUUGACGAGGAAUGCACCUCCGGCAUCCUCUUCAUCCAGCAUGCUUCAAAAUGUAGUGCCGCCGUGGAAAACCCUGAAAGGGAAAAAAUACAGUAAAAUGACGACGAUACCUGACGAAGGGAUAGAAGAAGAGCCGAGUAAUCAUGGUCACCAUACGAAAAGCAAAAAUACUUCAUCUUCUGCGUCGCACCAUCCUUCUUUCCUUUCUUCUCUCUCUUCUGCAAUAGAAGGCGAAAACGACUCCUCGGAUUCAACUACUACAACUUCAUCUGCAAACGAGAACAGUAAUAAAGCAGAAGAUGUGCUAAGAAACAACAGGAGUCCACGACGUAGACGCUUCUUUCGCCGCAAUCGAGAUGCAACUCUGGUACCUGAAUUCCCGUCAGCAGAUUUUUUCAACGUAGCAGAAGGGAAUCGAAGGAGGAAACAAAUCGUGAGCAUGAGGAGUAAAAAUUCCACCAUGGGGACGAGUGGAUCUUCUAAUUCGUCUUGCAACACGACGAAUGUUAGGGCAGGUGGCCACAGCAGUAACAAGAUGCAGAAGAAGAUGAACAAUAUCAACGACCACUACGAUGGAAAUGAAAUCAGUGGAAAUGGAAAAUCUCUCAUCUCUGCCGAACGCAAUUUCACCCUCACACAAGCUCUACAUACAGUUGAUUUCUGGGUGUUUGCUACUACAAAUGGCGUCAGCGGUGGUUGUCUGGCUUCCGUUUUCAUCCAUUUAGAUUCGAUCUUCUAUCCCUUCCGCGAUUCCCUCUCGGCUUUCUACGCGACGAUGUCCCUGUCUGCGAGCAUAGCUGCAGUCCUUGCAGCCUACAGCAAUGAUCGAGGCGUCUUCUCCUUCCAGGCUCUCUGCCUCUUUCACAAUGGGUUCAUGACGCUGGCUUACUUUGGGAUGACAUUAUUGCUGAAGAUGUAUUUUGACGACAUAGAUUUGGAUUUGGAGGGCAACGCCAAUGUACCAGUCCGUCCUCCAUCAGCGGGAGAGAACCAGAGCAAGAAUAUGCACCUCUCGCGAGAACGACAUCAUCACAUUGCCAACGACUUGAUCUUAGAGAAGGAAGCACAUGGUCCUACCGCUGUCACGACUACUACUGAGAAUACAACAUCUCUCUCUCCCGACCUUCAGACCCUCAUGCUUUGUGUGAUCGCGAUUUUGCUUGGUACCAGUGCUGGUCUGACCAUGAUCAUUCAGGGAGCGUCGUAUGCCACUGCGUUUGGCAGAGAACAUAAUGGGAACAUCAGCGCAGUGGCGAAAUCAUUGAUGGUUUUGCAUUCAGCUUUGUUUCCCUCUAUUCUGAGUUGGCUCCACGAUUACUUUGAAAAGAACUACGUCUACGCACUGUCGUGUGUGGCGAUUUACCCUAUUUUCGCAUUUGGGGGAAGCUUGUAUGCUUUGCUGGUGAGGGAGGGGUGAAAGAUUGAGUAUGAGAAGGGUGAUCGCGAUAGAACUGUUCCUGAGAGAAGAAAAGCCUUUUCCUUUGUCUGGAUAGGUUCAGAUGUCAGCAGUCAAUACUGCUCGCCCAUAUAAUCGCAGACUGCCAGACAAUGAGGCAAGGCACCUCUACGUUCUCUGUUGCUCACAAUAUGAUGAAGCAACACGAAUACUCCUCACCCUCUGAAGGG